CUGCUACAAAAAAAACUGUUGUUGUUCUUCGAGUUUCGUUCUGUUACUGUUCGUUGGUUAAAACUAAAUUUAUUGUUCUUUAAUUCCAGAAAAGUCCUCACAUCAUUGUGCUGUUACUAUAAUUAGGCUACAAGUAAGAAUAUCCGCCUUCAGUUAAAAAUUGUAGCCUGAUAGAUUUUUUAUUUGAUUGAAAUAAGCGAAAUUGAGGAUCUAGGCCAUAAACCUAAUCAGACAACAGAGGGAUCCGAUUAGGCUAACUCAAAUUCAGCCCCAAUGUUGGAAGUUACCUGCAAUGACAGAUUGGGAAAGAAGGUGAGAGUAAAAUGCAAUCCCGAUGACACUAUUGAAGACUUGAAAAAAUUAAUUGCAGCACAAACUGGUACACGAUGGGAUAAAAUUGUACUUAAAAAGUGGUACACAAUAUUCAAGGAUCAUAUCAAACUACAAGAUUAUGAAAUACAUGACGGAAUGAACCUCGAACUUUACUAUCAAUAAGUGUCUGUCAACUAAGAACUGAAGCAAACUUUUGUAUCUACUGUAAUUUUAAUUUAUGUAAGUAAUUAAAGUGGUAAUUUUUUUAAUUUCA